AAUUCCUAACCUGAAGGAAUUUAUUUAUUUAUUUAUUUUUUUAUUUUUUUUUGUGUGCGUGUGUGUGGGUGGGCGCAAAAGUUAAAAGGAUAAGAGAUCAAUAAAAUUAGUUAACAAAAUUAUUUGAAAUAAUUAAAUAUUCUACAACUUAACAUUAGUUAAUAAGUUUCCAAGAAAAAAAAAAAUAUAUUAGUUAAUAGUAAUACUGUAUGUCGUCUCUCUACUAAUUUUCUGUAAAUUUUUCACUCUUGUCUUCUCUUAAUUUUUUAUUUUUUAUUAUUUUUUUUAAGCUCUUAACUAAUACAACUAUUUUAGAUGCAGAUAAAGCUUGGAGUGGGCAGAUGCAGUAAAUUCCGAGUGAAAACAAAGGUAAACUUUUCCCGCCAAAAAUCUGUUAUGAAAUGUAACCAACUAAAACCCACUCCAACCAACUAACUCACUUGAGCUCCUCCACCUUUUUUCUCUCUCUCCUCCAUUUCUGAGUUCACAGCAAAAACCCAUUUUCUCUCUCUAAAAUCAACCUAUUUUCUCUCUCUAAAUCGGAAGCCAUGGAAAGGAAAGCUUUGAGAGGAGGGAAUUCAUCACCAAAUUCAGAGGAGCACAUCAUCCAAAUCCCAAAUCUUGAUGCUGAACAAACAGAGGAACAACAUUCGCCAUUGUUGUCUCAGUCUCAGAUUCUGCAGCUGCCUCAUACUCCUCCGAGACGAAGGGUUCUUCCUAAUUCCAAUUUCGAUACUAACCCCACCAUUCUUCCUCCUGCCUUCAUCAACAACCACAAUCACCGCAACAACUACCGCCGUCUCUGGGCUUUUCGUCUUCGUCAUUUCUUCGGCUCUUCCUGGGUUCUCCAUUCUAUUCCUGUCAUCAUCAUCCUCUGUUUUUUCCUUCUCUGGUGGUUCUCCAACCCAGUGAAUUUGGCAAUCAGGGAUGGCAGAUUCAUGCAAGAACAUUCCUCUACUGUAAGGCCUUUUUCUCUGAAUGACACUGACCUUAAUCUGAGCCGGAUGACUAUGUUGGCAGUAGCUACUUUGCCAGAUCCCAACAUAGAGCUCAUGCUGUCGGUGGUCGAUAAGGCAGGUGAUGGUGCAUCUCCAUUGAGCAGCAGUAACUGAAGCGUGCCCUCUUCUGAUAUCUGUAAAGUGCACUUAUCUUCGAAGAUUUAUCAUUGCUUAAGACUAUCCUGGCUUCAUAGCAGUUCAUUUUAGUUUUAAUGUUCUAGUUUCAAUAAUAAAAGAACUCUAUUAUGGAGUACUAAGUAGGUCGAUAAGGUGGAUGAUGGUGCAAUCUUCCAUUGAGCAAUAGCAGUUGAAGUGCACACUCUUCUGAUCUGUGUCAUGUGUUCUUCAUUGCUCUGCACUAUCCUAGCUACAUAGCAGUUUAUUUUAGUUAGUGUUUUAGUUCCAAUAAUACAAAACUCUAUGGUGUAGUACUAAGUAGGCUGAUAAGGCAGAUGAUGGUGUAAUGUACACUUAUCUUUGAAGAUUUUCAAUGCAAGACAGUAGACACUAUCCUA